AUGCUCUCCAACACCACAAUCCCUCUGUCGGUGGACUUCGACAGUCCCGCGGAUUUCCUCAUUUUCAUCUUCCACAUUUUGUUCGCCACAAGCGCCGUGCUUGUCGCAGGGUCGGUAGUUGUCGCUAUUUUCAGCACCAGGUCUCUGCGAGUCCAGAACCGCUUCAUAUUCAUGCUGAACACGAGCAUCAGUGACACGCUGACCGGCUUUUCGGUCUACUAUCUCGGCCUCUUUGACGUUCAAGAGGGCUAUCCUUCGAGGAACGGGACGUAUUAUAUUUUACCUUCAUUUCUGGGGGUCAACGUGUUAACUUUCCUGUUCGCUCAGUUUGACCGCUACUUUGCUGUUUGCCACCCGUUCUUUUACAACCGGUUCAUCACUCGAUCUGUUGUCAUUGGCAUCUGUGCAUUUUGCUGGAUUUACACCUACGCUAUCCUGACGGUCCAAAACAUGGUACCCAUAUCCAGAGCGGCGCAAAUACACGCGUUUGGAGUAAUGACUCUGCAGCUUAUAGUUGUCACUAAAGUUAUAAUGACCAUUAAAUUAUACAUCAUUGCCAGAAAUCAGCUGGCACGGGAGCCACCCAGUGCUGAGAGAGAAAACAAGAAGGAGUCGCUGCGCAUCAUUGUGUUUGUGGUUGUGUGCUUCCUGGCGUUGUGGUGUCCAUCUUUUGUCAAUAUCAUUGUCCGGCAGUUGACUGGCAAAGGUGUUAAGUUUAACAAUGAAGCCACUAACUUGUUCGCCAUCAUGGCUCGUCUGAAUGCGCUGGUUACUCCGGCCCUCUACAUUUGGGGCAGCCCGGCGCUGCGGGAGGCCGUGUAUAGAACAGUGCCGGGGAGAGCCUGUCCCAAAUGGAGGGCAAGGUAAGAGUUGGCUUUAAUCCCGAUGGAGUGA